AAAGAAAACUUUUAAGAACCUUGUAUAUCUGUAGAUCAUGGAUGGACAAAAGCCCUUAUCCCUUAAGCUAAGGCUGCCCAACCGCGUCCAGCCGGAGGUCAUCCUUCCGCCAGGCAGGUUCGGCAGGUACACGAACAAGAUACACUAUUUCAAGAAGCAUGUGCUGGACGAGGUUUGCAAAAAGAAAUUCGCCCUAGAUUUCAUGGAGCCAGUGGACACGGAGGUCUUGCAGGUGCCCUCGUACUACUCGGUCAUAGACCAACCCAUGGACAUUAUCACCGUUAUUAAGCGGGUCCACAACGACUACUACUGGUCGGUGGAAGAGGCCAUCAUCGACUUCCGCCUGAUUAUCGGAAAUUGCUUCACCUUCAACCGACCGGGGGACGUGGUCUACCGCAAGGGCCAGAUGCUGGAGAAGUUCUUUCAGAAAAGGAUGAGGAACAUGCCGGACGGGCCAGAGAUACCGUGCGCCAAGGACAAAGAUCCCCCGGCGGUGACCAAGCCUCGAGUAAGCUCUAAGGUGGUGGCCGCUCCCGCCGAGACGGAGCAGUUCUGUCGGGAGCAGCUCAAAAAGCUACAGGUAUUCACCAAUCAGGCGGACACCACGGCCCGCAACUUCUUUAACUCCAAGUGGGACUCGCUGCACAAGAAGCUGGACAAGCACUACUUCAAGACCGUCGAGGAGUUCCGCUCGCACGUGGAUGGCAUCUUCAAGAAGUACCACGACCCGGCCAAGAUGAUCUACGAGAAGGCAUUCGAUCAACCGGGAGGCUGGAAUUCCUCAGCAGAGGAGGGCGGCAUUCCCGGGCUGACACAGUCCGACCUCAACGAAGUCCUCAAGACGGCCAAGCUGGCGGAGGCCGGUCUGAAGCAAUGCCUUCAGCCACAGUGCCUGUGGGAGCCCGAGAAGGCACGAAGCCUAGUGGAGGUCCUCUGCGAGUCCUUGGACAAAAUGAAGGAAAAGAUGGAACCGGCCAAGCCAGCGAAGGUCGUGCCCUUCUCCCUCAACAGCAGCAGCCAAAACGAGCCACAUGUCGAAAGGGUGGUGGUGCCUGCCUUGGACCUCCUUUCCGCCGCGGAGUUGAAGAGCCUGCUGGUUGUGGAGGGCGAUGACUCCUCUGACGAGGAGAUCGAGAACCCGGCGGAGUCGGUCAGCGACGUGGAGCGGCGCAGCAUCCAGAAGCUCUUCGCUAAGCUGCCCUCACCGGCCAUGCGCGAGAUCGUGCACCUGAUCCACCAGACCGAGGGCCUGACCUCCGAGAACGGGGAACUCAGCUUCGACGUGAAGGAGUUCGCGCCGGACACCCUCGCCUUGAUGAAGCGGGCCGUGGCGAAGGCGAUGCGGGCGCACAGCAAGCUCAACUUGCGGGAUAUGGCCUCCUCGGAGAAGGGCGAGCUCCAGCGCAACCUCCAGACCCAGCUGGUUGGCAUCUCCAAGCUCCUGAACAAGAGUCGCCGCCGUAACGCUGCUCCCAUGAUCCGUCAGAACCUGAAGAAGCAACCCAAUACGGCCCGGAAGCGGGAACGGGCACCUCCGCGCCCAAAGCCACCAAAGCCACAGCAACAGAAAAUUUUUUAUGGAACGGGGGAGGCACGAAACCUGAGCGACUCUAGCGAUGACUCCUCGGGUCCCCCCAGCCCACAGAGGCCGUGCCAGUCGCAGCCGCUUCUUCCCCGGCCGGACCCCGUCCCACCCCAGACCCCUGUCCUCAUGAAUGCCCGGAUGAGCAGCAGCAGCAGCCCCGACUCCAAGAAGGGCUCCCAGUCCAGAUCGCGCAGCUCCUCGAGCUCAAGAUCAAGCUCCUCCUCCAGCUCGGGUUCCCGGUCUAGCUCCAGCUCGAGCAGCAGGUCCAGCUCUAGUAGUGGCUCCUCCGACGGUAAAGGGGAGCAGGCCAAUGGAAUGUGA